UUACGUAUGACGCUGUGAGCCGAAGUCAAGCUUCCAGCCUGCCUACGCCGCCUGCCUGCUCAUUCUCAGGCCGGGUACGACCCAGCAACAACCCCUGCGACAGGCGGAAUCUGCAAAGAUUGGCUUCUACAAUCGCCCAUCCAUCCUUUGAUUAGAAAGCAUUCUGUGGAAAUAUUUCUCGCUCACUGAUCACAAGGCACACUCCGACGUUGAAUCGAAUCAGAAGGCACUGGGAAGAGGCGCAAAGAAAAAUUUCCAUACUCGAUGACAUUACAUCGCAAUGUCCGAUCGUUUGGGGCAAAUAUCCAAGUCCAAGGAUGGGAAAAGCAAGUAUUCCUCACUCAGCCUGUUUGACAAGUACAAGGGAAAAUCAAUAGAAACUCAGAAAAACGCAGUAGUUCCACGACAUGGCUUACAGAGUCUUGGAAAAGUGGCCACAGCCCGGCGUAUGCCCCCACCUGCUCACCUGCCCAGUUUGAAAUCUGAAAACAAAGGAAACAAUCCCAAUAUAAUUAUUGUGCCCAAAGACGGAACAGGAUGGGCAAACAAGCAGGAACAACCCAAUCAAAGGAGUUCUAUUGUGUCUAUACCACAGCUGCUGGAGUUGCAGCCGCAGCUGGCUUUACAGAAAACUGUCUCCAAUCUUCAGAAGCCCUCUCCAGUAGCCAGCCAGGAGAACACAAACACAGGUGGACCAAAGCAAUGGGCCCAGCUAAAUGGAAAGGCACUAGAGCAAGAUGGUUCAAGGGCCUCAAACCGACUUCAGCCCUUCUCUCACGAGGAAUUUCCCACACUGAAGGCAGCUGGAGAACAGGACAGGGCUGGCAAGGAAAGAAGCGGCUUCGAUCCGUCGUAUGGGCCCGGACCAAGCCUCCGCCCCCAGAAUGUGACGAGUUGGAGGGAAGGUGGUGGCCGGAACCUUCAACCCUCAUCCCUGACCCUCGGCCUGCCAACAGAUCCUGAGGGUAAACAGAGUGCACUGGGUGAGGCUGGCACCCCUCCAGCCUCAUCUCACCCCUCCUCUGCCACCGGCACCACCUCUUCUAAUGUUGCGGUAGCUCAGUCAUCAAGCCUUGAUCCCAAGGAACCUUCCCUGCGACCUGCCCAGGUGGUCCGCAGAACAACCGUCCCGACUGCACUGCAACACCAGCUUCACCACACUUCAACUGCUGUCUAUCAUGACAUGUUGCCUGCAUUUAUGUGCUCCAAAGAGUCACAUGAAGGCCAAGGUACAACUGAGCAUGUCUCACCCACUGUAGCGGCCCCAGCACGAUUUGACAGCAAACCUACUUUGAGACAGACCUUUGCCAAACCUGAGCUUGUCAAUGGUGAUGUGAGAAGAGAGAACCAUUUUGCUCGUAUUCCUCCACGACUCUCUACUCAACCAAUCCGGAGACCUGGGGACAGACCAGUACGUCCAGCCAUAAUCAAUCCAGAGGACUUGAAGGAUCUGGAUGACCUUGACAAUGACUGUGAGGAUGGCUGGGCAGGACUCCAUGAAGAAGUUGAUUACAGUGAGAAGCUCAAGUUUAGUGAUGAUGAAGAGGAACACGCUCCCAAUGACAAGAACAAGAUGUGGAAUGAAUGGGAGAGGGAGAGAGAGAACCAUUAUGACUGCCAGUCUUCCCUGAGCUCAGGUGAGCUCUCCUACCCCUUGGAAGGCCCGGAAGAAAGUUACCCCUUCCAAAAUCACAACCAUGAGCUUCCAAGGAAGAACAAUGGCAGAUAUGCCACCAUGGAAACCCAGGCCCAGCAGAAAAGCCUCGGACAAAAUGUCACCCACCAAGGUGACCCCCUGCCUGACCAGGAAGAACACCAGCGUCAGAACCAGGUGCAAGCUCCUACCAGGGCUAAAUACGCAUCAGCCGAGUUGUCGGAGGCUGUUGAGAGGGCUCGCAGGCGGAGGGAGGAGGAGGAGAGACGUGCCCGUGAGGAACGACUGGCUGCUUGUGCCGAGAAACUCAAAAAGCUUGAUGAGAAGUUUGGGAAGAUUGAAAGGCAACCGUCAAAGACAGAAGAGGACCAGAAGGAUGGAGAAGGCAAAGAGGCCCCACGAUCACCAAAUAGGGAACCGAAUAAAACCCACCAUGAGACCUGGCAGUACAGCACAAAAGUAGAUGGAAGUGAGUGCCCUCCAGAUGUUUCUGCUGUUAAUAGCUUCCAUGAAGAACCUGGAUUUUCUAACUACCGUAGCAGUGAGGAUGAUGUCCAGGAGCCCUCUUCACCCUCUGGAGAUUACGGCAGUCGUCAACCCAAACCCAUCCUGUCACGCUUUCAAAAGCAGCGACAGCACCACCAGCAGCAGGAACAAGUAUACAAGAUGCAACAGUGGCAGCAGUCAAGUCAUUCUGCCCCCUCAGGCUCAAACCACACACAGCGUGGCUACUAUCCCCCGCAUGUGCUUGGGUUUGACCCCCGCUGGAUGAUGAUGCCAUCUUUCAUGGAUCCCCGCAUGGCACAAGGACGGUCUCCUGUGGACUACUACUCUGGUAGUGUGCAGUCUUCAGGAAUGAUGAAAUCCCUGAUGCAUCAAGAUAAUUUGAACAGUCCUGGUUCUGAUGAGGGCUGCCAUACUGGUCUGCAUCAGGACAGACGAACUCCAUCCACUGAGCCUUACCCUCUGUGGAAUCAAGAUACCUACCCAUUGCGAAGCUUUACCCCACCUUACCAGAGACAACAUGAAAGCUCUGAUAGCGGUCAGCCAGAUGACAGAAAUGAUGUUACUUGCCCACAACAAGAUACCUAUGAAGAGAGAGUCAAUGAGAUCUUGGACCAUCCUCAAGAUGAUCUAACCCAUCGUUCUUACCUGUGCCGGGUCCCAGGCAGAGAUCACAAACACAAUGAUGAAGGUUUGCUGGCCACGGCUGAAAACCAGCAUUCUGCAGACAGUGAAUACUCAAAACAAGAGCACAGAGAGAAUAGAGAUUUGAAAGACUGCCCUGAGCCUCACAGUGAGACCCUAGAUAGUUCUAAGGACAAUUGGAAACGAGAUGGUGGCCUCAAAAAAGAAGGAGGAUCAAACCAUAUCAAAAGCCAGUGGUCUGAAACAAGCUCAAGUAGUAGUAUCAGUCAGCAUUCUGAGACAGGUGGCCGCAUCUUAACUCGAAGAACUGGGCCCAUUAAGAAACCAAUUCUAAAGGCUCUCAAAGUGGAAGACAAGGAAAAUGAGAAACCUAAACCUGAACCUGAGGAGAAGCCUGUUCCUUACCGCUUGGAAAAGGAAGUCCUUACUAAUGUUUAUGAUUUGAAGAAAGAUAAUCAACUUGUCAGCAACAGGCAUUCAGCCUCACCUGUUGUUGAGAAACAACCUGAAGAGAGGCAACCAGCACCUGCUAAAACAGACAGGCCACUGAGCACCCAGAGUGAGGACUCUCCUAAAGAAUUCACUUGGCACACUGGCAAGAGCCAGUCAUCCAGAGACUUUCAUGACAGCAGAGAGACCCAGGCGCCACGGCGCAAUAACUGGAUCUUCAUUGACGAAGAACAGACCUUUGGCACAGUCAGAGGAACUGGUAGAGGGCGCACUCGUGGUUUUCGUGAAUUUAGUUCUAGAGGCGGGACUCGGGGUGGUAGAAGUGGAGAUAAUCCCAGAGGGACUUACAACAACAACAGCAGUGGUGCUCAGCGGACAGGCAGAGGUCGAGUGCAACCCAGGGACAUUGUUACGGUGGGGGGUUUCCAGAGAGGGAAGCCCCGGAGACGCAAUGUCAGUGAGACCCUGAGUGAAGCUUCGGAGUAUGAAGAACUACCCAAGAGACGCCGCCAAAAAGGAUCUGAAAAUGGAGAAAGUUUUGCAGAGUCUGGAGAAAUCCGUAAAGCUGAUCGAGAAUCUUGGCGAUCCAACAAGGUGUACACAGAUGACCAGACAGCCACUGAUGCCAGAGAAAAGACGAAAACCAGCAGGAGCUUUGGUGGACGGAUGCUGCCUCCAAGACUGAACACUUCUGGAAGUUACAGUCGAACCUUUGGAGCAUCCAGAGAUAUUUCUACCUGGAAAGGCCGUGGGCAUCAAUUCAGCAGCAGUGGCUCCGUGCAGGAAAAUGGUUAUUGUCCUGGAGCUGAGACGACAUACUCCCGCAAACCUCCAGUUGAUCGAGACAUGGUUAAAUAUACCCCCAAAUUCACUGCCUCAUUUUUGGAAAAUGGCACAGAUGACCGUGAAGGAGAAUAUUACUUUGACAAUGACAACCCCGACAGGCAGAUGCUGAGGAGACGCCGCCCACCUCGUCAGGACAAACCUCCACGCUUUCGACGUUUACGACAAGAACGGGAACCGGGCUCAAAUCAAUGGAUAAGUGAUGAGUACAUAAACGGAGACUUUGCAAAUUCCUGGCCUGCUCGAUCCAAGAGCAGUGCUGAGGACAGCUGGCCCAGUGGUCACUACUCUGGUGCUCGACCCACCCGGCAUGACCAGGCUGAGGAGUGGGACUCUGGCUCUGAUAAUAGUGAUUUUGGUGACUGGAGAGAAAAGCGAAGUGGAAAUGGAGGGGUGGUUCCACAAGGACAUGGUGAGGUUCCCUCAGACUCAUGCCACAGUGAACUGGGCUCUGUGGAAAAACGGGAACUUUCCAAGAGAAGCUUUUCCAGCCAGAGACCUUUGGUGGAACGGCAGAAUAGGAAAGGAGAGCCGUCACUGCUGGAAGCAAGUAAGAUGUCGCGGACGCUUGAUAAUCCCUCCGCCUCCUCCUCCAACAGGAAUGACAGCUGGCAGAAUGGUGGGACUUCUAGUAAGAGCAGGAGCCCUGAUGAGACAGCUCCAGUGUAUCGCAUAGAGGUACCAGAAGAGAGGGAGCCCAGUGAACCCUCAGGAAAGAAGCUGGACAAGGAGCUGAAGCCCGUAUCUGUUAAGUCAGAUAUAGCUGAGCCUCUGUAUGACCUCAGCAACUACCCGAUUGUUGAGAGUGAUACAGGCGGACCAAUUUCUAAUUCCGAUGGUUAUCCAGAUGCUUUGUCCAAAAAGCAAAGACGCCCACAGGAAGAUGAAAGGAGAAGGAAAGAACAAGGAGCUGCAGUUCCAAUGAAGAACAGGACCAUUACAUCAAAGAUGCCACCACGCUUUGCAAAAAAGCAAGGCAGCUUGAGCAUUGAACAACCUGAAGAUGCACUUUCCACCAACAAUUUGGGAACUGAAAUCUGGGAAACCAACAGCUCAGCUCUUACGGUGCAGUCUUCUGGGGGAGAUUCAUGGACUAAACAGGUGUCUUACACUGGGAGUGAGCCCAACUCUGAGGACUCUGACGCUGGCCCAGAGCAGAGUAAAGAACAGCACAAGCCAGGCCCCAUUGGUAAUGAACGCUCCCUGAAGCACCGCAAGGGGUCAGAAGGAGUCGAUCGACUCGAAGGCGGCUCCAUCACGCAGGUCAAUGGUGUGGACCUCCACGUGGAUGCGGUGCUGCCCGUACCUCCUAUUGAGUUUGGGGUCAGUGCCAAAGACUCUGAUUUCAGUCUGCCGUCAGGUUCAACCCCAGUGCCUGUGUCUAAUCCUGUCAACAAGCUCCAGGACGCACUUACCACAAAUAAUGCUCUCAAUCAGAGCAUCCCCAUUCUGCGUUCCAACCAUCUACAGCCCGGCAUCAACUUAAACCCCAUCUCCUUUCCCAGUGCUGACCUCACUCUCAAGAUGGAGUCAGCCCGUAAAGCUUGGGAGAACUCCCAGUCGCUCCCUGAGCAAGGUUCUCCUGGUGGGGGAGCGACAGGUGCUCAGCCUCCCUGCAGCGCAGGCUCGUCCACUGGUGUCAGCUACAGCUCCUUUGGCGGGGUUUCCAUGCCGCCGAUGCCUGUGGCCUCAGUAGCUCCAUCCAUGUCCAUGCAGGGUAACCAUAUUGCCCCCCUGUAUCUGGAUGGCCACGUCUUUCCCAGCCAGCCACGCCUUGUACCUCCCACCAUGACCCAGCAGCAGACCUACCAACAGGCAGCCGCAGCACAGCAGAUUCCCAUCUCUUUGCACACAUCUCUUCAGACUCAGGCUCAGUUGGGGCUUCGGGGAGGUCUGCCAGUCUCUCAGUCCCAAGAGAUGUUCAACUCUAUUCCUCCUUUCAGGUCCCAGGUUUACAUGCAUCCCAACUUAUCCCAGCCCAGCCCCAUGGUGCUGUCAGGUGGAGCCCCUCUGAAGGGGCCCUACUCAGCUUUCCCUGGCAUGCAGCCUUCAGAUUUGGUGAAGCCCCAGUCAGGUUCCCACUACCAGCCAAUGAACAGCAGCCAGCCGCUGGUCUAUGACAGUCACCAGGGACCAGGUUUGGGUUCUUCCCAAUUAAUGGACUCCCAGCUGAUCCAGGUGACCAUGCCCCUACCUGGGUCUCAGCUGCGCUAUGGUUCUGCUCAGCAACAUCUCAUCCUCCCCCAGUCCAUCCAGCUGCAGCAGGGACAGAACCUGUCAGUGGGAGCACCGCGACGAAUGCUGCCACCUGGCUCUCAGCCUCCUGUCCUGACCAGCACUAGAGAGGGCUCACAGAUGGAAAUAAAAGGCUUCCAGUUCUCUGACAAGCCCAGUCACUCUCCAGGUAUAUCCGGAGGGUCCUACAGACCAGGAUCUGCCAGCCCCAGCGGGAAGCCCUCUGGUCCUGCCGGUCCUCUGCCUACACAUUACACUCAACAGGUCCCACCCACUCAGGGCAGCAUGGUGAUGCACAUGCGCCCCCCCACCACAGGCCCUUUUCCCAACCCCAUCCAGAGACCAAUCAUGCAGGUCAACAAACCUGUCAUCAUCCGAUCCCCCCCUUAUCCCAGUCCUGGUCGCGACCCUCCCCACUCCACCCCUCCCUCAGUCCCCGAGCCUCCUAUCAAGGGCUCAGAGGAUGGCAUGAAGAAUAAAACAACACGAGACGUGCGGAAGGCAGUGGGUGAGGGUAAGGUGCCACCUGUCGGCAUGUCCAGCAAACUCCAAGAGCCCCUUCACUCCACAGGGCCAGCCAAACCAGCACGUACUGGAGCCAUUAAACCCCAGGCUGUCAAAGUAGAGGAGGGCAAGGCAUAGCAAUGGACCUGAAAAUCCUCCACACCACCCAGCCUGUCAGUACAAAACCCUCUGACCAACAUCAAAGCCUUCUGCCACCCUCCUCGUCCCCAAGCAGAGGGGCCAAAGGGCAGACGUAACCGACGGUCAGAACUGGACGCUGUUAUUUCACACCACAUAUAGAGAUAUAUAAAUAUAUAAAAUAUAUACACAGUCUUUUAAGCAGAUUUCUUCAAGCUCCUCUUUAAUUUAUUCUUUGUCAUUUAUAUGGGGAGAACGGUGAGACUACAGAUUUGUUUUUGUUUCUGUCUAAUGCGGGAAGGAUGGAAAAUAACCAGACAGAUGGUUCAUUUUUCCGUACUGUUUUGCCAAACUGUAUUUACUCCCCGUUAAUGGACUGUAGCCUUAAAAACCAGGCAGACACUUGAUAAAACUCCCUAUGAGAACCUACAUCUGUUCAGUGGGAGAAAGGAAAAGAAAAAUCAUAGGGCACUUUUUGUCUUUUUUUUGUUUGGUUAUUUCUUGGUAUUUUUGCUGAUAAAUAUGGAACUGAAACUUUUUUCCAUGUUACAUCAGCUUUUCACCAUGUUGCUGAAGGACUCCUUUUCAUAAGCAAAAGAAAGUACAAAACUCCAGUUUGUGGGCGUCAUCGGUGAUAUGCUGCACAAAGCUCCCGGACUGAGACAGAACUGCUUCGAUUGGUAACAAGUAUUUGUCAGGUUGUCUGUUCAUUUUGUUUCCUAUGAUAUUGCUUUUAAAAUUCUGUUGCUUGCAGUCAGCUGGAUGUACAUUGGUUGGGGUGGGAGCUGAUGGACUGUUUAUUGGAACUUCACUGGAAUUGACACAGUGUGCACGUAAUGUGUUGACCAUGUAUGAACUUGCAGGCCUCACAAGGACACUGAACUCAGCAUUUAUGUGAAGAUGGAAACAGAAUUGUGCGCAGUGUGAAAGUGUCGGGUGCAUUCACAGCUGUAAUGGACACCCAAAAUGGCUAAUUAAACUCGUUUGCAUACAUGUCCCUUGUUCGGGGUCUGUGUCAUGAUGUGAGUGAUGACUUUUACAAACCAUUGACUUCCUGAAAACAUUGCUUUCCAAUUAUGUUCAAAUCCCACUUGGGAACUGUGAAGAAGCAGACUUGUUGCCAUUCGAUUAGUUACCUUUCUGGUCCCUUGAGGUGGCUCAAGCAAUAAAUGCAGCCUAACUGCAUUCACAAUCAGGGUCCAACUACCAUUUUUUUUUUCCUUGGUUCGCUAAUUAUCACAACUGAGCAUUGCUUUUGAGUUAGAGUUUGAUUUCCUUUGCUAGCUUUGUUGUGAGCACUGCAGUUCCAGUGGAUGGACUACGAAGGACUUUUUAAAGAGUUUGUUCCACUUAGAAAUGUGAAGCUGUUGGAAUUAUUUUGUAAUCUGCUCAUUUUGAAUCUCAGUGUGAGUGUUACAGCUUGUCGUGCUCCACAACACUACAAAAUGUUUCUGUUUAUCUUUGACAGUGUUUCACUGGUGUAUUUGAAUAUAUAUGUAUGUAUGUACAUGCAUACGUUGCUGUACACUUGAGCCUUUUGUCAGCGAGGACAGGCUUAAAUGUGCAUUUAAUUUUAGAUCUUGUCACACUGUAAAGGCUUUAACAUCAAAAGGUCACUUUAUCAGAAUGGGUCACUUUCACUUUGAUAUGUUGGGCUUGGAAUAGUUAUGUUUUUUUGUUGGUCCCUUACUCCAAAAGGUCUUGAUGCUUCCUGUUGUACCUGCACCAACUUGUUGCCUGGACUGUUUUUUUGUGUACUUUUAAGAUACACAUUUCAUCCAGUCAGAGGACCAGUACUUUCUACAGCUGAUCCAGCAGUCUAUUUAUCCUGCCUGAACGUUAUCCUUUCAAAUAUUUGGUCAUUACGCUCCCUUGUUU